AGCGGCGGCAGGGAGCUGCUGUCCAGGCGCGCGCGCGCGUGUGUAUUGCCUUCAGUCUCGGUCUGCGCGCGGAGGGGUAUCAGCCGGGGGGACGUUUUGGAGUUGCCUCGGGGAUGACUCAGAAGCCAUAAAGCGGCGGAAAAAAAAGACCAAAUGGCAAAGCAAUCUUCUGAUUUAAAUUCUAAGUGCGAUAGAGAAGGUGGACAAUUGCAGCCUGCUGAAAGGCCAGCUCAGCCUCAGCAUCUUCGGCCUGGGGCCCCUACCUCCUUACAAACUGAGUACCAAGGUAAUCAUUCUGGCGAGCGGGACGGUUCAUCACCCAGUAGCCCUCAGGGACCAUUGGCACCACCCUCCAGCCCCAGUCCGUUUGCUACCAGAUCCCCGUUAUUCAUAUUUGUACGAAGAUCCCCACUGCUGUCUAGAUCCUCCAGUGGGUAUUUUUCUUUUGACACCGACAGGAGUCCAGCACCUAUGAGUUGUGACAAGUCCACACAGACUCCAAGUCCCCCGUGUCAAGCCAUCAACCAUUUACUAAGCGCAAUGGGUAAGCAAGACCAUGCUUCCAACUGGCAGUCACAGCCAAUCCCAGAAGAUAUACGGCCAGAAAUAUGGAUUGCACAGGAAUUACGGCGCAUUGGAGAUGAAUUUAAUGCUUCCUACAGUCCAAGAAGGGGUUUCUUGGAUUACCAAGCAGUAAACCAUCAGAUCAUAAUUCUGCGCCUGUUGCAUUACAUCGUCCGCCUCAUAUGGAGAAUGCAGUGACUAAUGCUUCAAGAGGCAGUUGGAAUUGUGUACUUGUUUCCAGCAAUAGCAACCAUGAACAGUGUAUCUGGGUGCAGUUAACAGGUCCUUCCUGUCUUUAAGGAACAUCCAGCAAAUUAAAAGGAGCUGGAGGACUCCGUGUCAGGCAGUGUUGACCCUUUUUGCUUUGAGAAAAGCAAGUUACAAAUUCCGAUGGAUUUUUGGAAAUGGACCACCUUUUUAAGAAGCAGAAUUUCACAUGAGAGUAGAGCUGACAUCAUUUUGUUGUUGUUGAAACUCUUUUUUUAAACUGUAUAAUAUCAAGUUUUCAAGAAAAUCAUGUUUGGAAGCAUGUAGGUUGCUCUUAUAUCUCGCAACAGAACUGACUGAGCCAGCUACUUUGUAAAGCUGCAUUAGAUUUUAUACUAAGGAAGACUUACUGUACAGCUUUUUUAAUAUUCUCAAGCAGUGAGAGACCAGACUCUGGUAACAGGUCCUCCAUUCAUUCCAGAUCAAGAGCACAUAAAUAAAAGAAGCUGGUGAAGGCAAAAUGGAAAAGGUUUGAACUGGCACUUUUGGUUACUCCAAACAACAAACACACACAAAAAACCCAACAGCCUCAUGUGCCACACCCAUCUGCUCUGCAAGCAUCAUUUUGGAUCUCUUGUUGUGCAAAGCUUCUGCUUCCUGCAACCCAGAGGGAGAAAUCUUGAAUUUGCUUGGAAAGUUAAGAUUAAACUGUGAACAUUUUAAUGGUCCAAAUAAUGACACCAGGUUGCCUUCUACGAUUUUCUUCCUAUAUUAUUUGUAUAGAUAAACAUGUAUAUUCUAGAACAUAUACUGAAGCGUGGGAUGGGGGUGGGGGGCAAUGUAGCAAUAAGUCAUUGCAUGUGGGUGAAAGCAGUUCCUACACCUGUGCAAUAUUGCCCUGUGUUGUUACAACUGGGUCCUACUGCAUAAUUCCAGGCACUGUUUUGAUCCUCACUUUGGUAUUUUACUAUUGUUUAAAUCCAGUUUUGGUGUCUUUUUUUUUAAAAAAAAAAAGGGACUCUGGAUUUUGUUAUUGCUGCCUUUGUCCUUAAAGUGUAUUGAGAGAUGACCUAGCAACCAUAAUGUGGAAUGUAUAAAGACUACUGACUCGCUGCAUGGGUUUGAGGUCAACAGCAGCACAGUAUUCAAAUUAAUCAGAGGGUCAAAACUCCAAAAGACAAAAGUAGGAUCAAUAUAGCUCCCUCAUGUUUUGUGACUUUCUUAAUCAGGGCUAUUUGUAAUGUGCUAAGGAAAGAACAGAAUUCUGAACCAAGGUAAUCCACUGCAAGCAGCUAAAUUGUGCAACCUUAAUCAAUUGUGCAAAUUAAGCAAAUUGUUUCUGUAAGCCAUAGGGGAGGGUAAGGAUAGUGAUUCUCAAGCUGUGGACUGGGGCACUGUAGUGUGCCAGGGGUGCGGCUGAAAAAUAACCCACCGUGUUGCAACAUGGAUUCCCACUCUCUUACUCUGCCAAUAUAUGGGAAAUGACUGAGGGAAGGAGUUGCUAAAUCUCUGAUUCAGCCCAUUACAAGAAGGAUGCCAACCUAUUUAUUAUCAGAACUGAUUGAGAAAAUAGAUAUGUAAAAGUGAAACAUGGCUCUAAUUUUAAUCCAAGAAGGAAAAUUGGCAUUGUUCCCCAGUAUCAAAAUUGUGGGUUACACUGGAAAGGACCUAAUCAACGUUCUGAAGCUCCCCAUGGAAAUCUUGCCCAGCUCUCCUUUGCCUGCUAAAAUUUCAUCAGACAUUGCGAAGACACUUUCAGAAUUAUCCUUGCAUCCAAAAGCGCUACAAAUUUGCUUUCAAAAGAAGAGCUGAAAUUCUCAGGAUACUGAAUUCUGCACCCUAUACAAAACCGAUAAAAGAAUCAGGGCGUGUGAACAGCCCUAAUCUUAAAAGCUAACCAAAAGACAAAAGAAUCAAGAGUCCACUAAAGUAGCUAGUAGCCAGCAUUUAGCACAGAUGUGAAUGUUGACUUCCUUUUUAUUAAAGAAAGCUUUUGCUUCUGUGAAAUCCCUCAUCACACUUCCUGAUUUAUUAAUAAUAUAGAUACUGUCUACUCAGAGGUCCCACUGAAUUAAGUAGUGCUUACUCCCAAGUAAGUGGGCAUAGAAUUGCAGCCUAAACUGUUUCAGUCUUUGCCCGUUGAGAUGUCAAUAAUAGUAGUAAAACUUUUUUUAAAAAACAAAAACUUAAUAGGUGAUGCAUUUGAAGAAAAACCAAAUCCGGAAGUGACAAUUUUAUAGGAAGAAAACCAAACAAACAAAUUAACCUGUGCUGCACCACAUUAUGGUAAAGUGGUUCAUGUAUGGAUUUGAAUUCAAUUUUUACUUUGCCAUGGGAGGUAACUGUAAGAUGAGCUUUCUGGAAGUGUGUAUUUGUUUUAAAAGUCCUGUAUUUGUAAGUGUCCCUUAUUCUGCUCUCCCCCACAUAAUUUUAUCUGGCCAUUGAUUAGUUACAUGUAAUGGUGCAGAGACUUUGCAUGAAGUAGUGGUUCAGUUCGAUCUUACUUGAAGCAUGUUUCCAAAUGCUACGCCACUUAUUUCUGGUUUCACCUGUGCCACUGAAAAUGUCGUGACUGCUUUCAAAAAGUUGCACUCUCUGUUGAGCUGUGUUGAAGCCAUUCGAAGUGCUAUUAUAUAAUCUAGAGUUUUGUCAACUCCAACUCUACAUUCUCUCUGAAUUGUACCAUAUAUGCUAGACUCCACUGUCUGCUUGGGAUACAUGGUUAUUUCACCUAGCGUAGGAGCAUCAUUGUUCUAUAGAGGUUCAGAAGACCAGCAGAUCAGAAUACAUGUUAACUUGUGCCUAGCUGCCCGAUAGAUGAGAUCGGGAGAACACUGUCAGCACUGGGAGAAGGAAAGGGACUAUUAUAAUGAAUCCCCUAGUGGUUCAUUCCCAGCUGAUAGUGCUGAUUGACUGGCACUGCAUGCAUACUUCCCAGCUGAUAAUGGGAACUGCACAAACAUCCCCAAGUUUUGGAUCCAAAGCCAUUCCCAACUGCUGCACAUGGGACCUCUUCUUGUCCUUGUUAUUCCAGAUUCAACAUGGAAAGCAUAUACAGAAGUUUCUUUCUUCCUUUCUUUGUAUGUGUAGCUCUUGAUAGAUCAGGCUGUUCAGCUGGAGGCAAAAAUGGUUGCAAGGCUAACAAGGACAUGCUGUUGGCAGCUUGUAGGUACAUUAUUUUCUCCUUUGCUACCCUUUGGUCAACAGUUUUAUGUUUAAAUUUGUUUUGUUCCUUUAAUCCCAAGCAAAAAUUUCAGCAUCACUGAUAGGAAUUUGGCCUGUAUUAUUGCAUGUUACCCACAAAAGGCUGGUUUAUUGAAAAAGGCAAGGAAAUGGAUUUCAACAUCUAGCAUUGUGCUGCUUAAAGUGAUACUGUGCAAUAGGGACUUUUCAUGGGAUUCAUAAAGCCAGAGAAACAUAAAGACGUCCUUUCUGUUCCAGCUUUAGCAAAGUUGAUACACAGCAUUUGAACACAAACCCACUUUUCCUGGUUGGGAGGUUGCCAGUAAUCUUGUCUGUACAACAUAGGAAUUUAGGCAUCCCAUAUUUCAAUUUGACCAUGUUUUCAGUGGGAAUGAUUAGAAGUCUUGUUUAGAGGCCCAAUUCUAAAAUCUUAUCUGGGACUAGAAAUUAUCUUCCGCAAUUCACCAAAGCACAUUUUAGAGUGUAAUCUUUUCUCGUGCUUUUUUAUUCAAAGCACUCUAGUUUUAAUUCCUUUUAAUAUAAAAUCCUCCUAUAGUCAUAUGAUUAGUGGUUGGGAUCCAGGGAUCCUAUGCAUGCACCUAAAGUAGGAGGACUCCCCUGUUCUUUGCUGCUCCUUAAGAGUGGCUUUUUAGGGUGGGAGGGCUUAGAGAAUUAAGGAGCUGCUGUGGGAAGGGGCCACCGGUGCAUAAGCAGCAGCUUAAGUGCGGCCCUUUGGACCCCAUCCAACCUUUUCUCUCCACUUUGUUAUAAGGCUCGGCUGGCCCAGUGCCUUGAGAUGUGUACACAUUCAUAUGUGUUAACUGCUAGCAUGGGAGUGCAAUUAGCUUGCUGCCAUGGCUUCAGGCAAAUUUAUUAUAAGCCUAAUAAAUAUUUUUAAAAUUCUGUGAAUUAUAACAUAAACAGUAAAUGACAAGAUAUUGGCACUGUGUGGCCCAAACCCAAGCUCUCUUGUUUUUCAAGAAAUCUCUACCAGACAUUCUAUAUAAAUAUAUACUCUAUAUCUAUAUACCUAUCUUAAAAUGCUAGAUCAAACAAGACCCAUUUGGUUUUUCAUAGUUCAGUGCAGGUUUUGUGCCUUGACAACCCCACUGUGUCCACAGUAGACUUGUGGGUUUUUAAAAAUUGUUUGUGUCAAUUAACAUAACUAACCUUUUUGUCUAGUAGAGGCAUUUUUAAAACUUUUCUAGAAAUCCCUUUAAAAAAAAAAGAAGUAGAAAGAAAUCCUGCCAAAACAUUUUAUGAAGAAUUUUCUUUGGUUGUGGAGAAACCAGAUUCAAAUUUGUUCCUAGAGAAAUUGCAUCUACGAAGACUUCUUCUGCUUUCUUUCUUUUUUUUCUUUCAAUGACUGUAAAUAUUUGAGUAUUUAUUAGGUUAGAGCAAUUGUUCUCAUCUGAGCCAAAUGUCACCUGUGUGCAAUGUUCCCUCUCUUCUUACUAUGUCAUGUAAGAUUUUUUUUGUAUAGAAGCAAAUUUCUCUUGUAGAAUUGACCUUGUUAAAUACUGUAGAUUCCUUUUUUCUUUGUAAUUAAUGCACUCUACUGUUCCAUAAUGCUGUAACUUGUAGAAAUGUAUAUUUAUUUCCUGCUUAUUUAAGUCCUUGUAAAGUCUUUUUUUCUUUGAAUUUUACUUCGUAUAUAUGGAAAUAGUGAUUGAUCAGUUUAGAGCACUGUCUACUACUUUCAGAUAGUUGAUGCUAUUUUAGGUAUCGCUUAAAACCCCUUGGUUUUCUACCCCUCUCUCUUGCCACCUGUUCAAAUAUGAAGCGAAGGCAGGGAUGGGGAUUCAGAUGUGUGAUUGGGGAAGAAUUGCACAUACUCAAGGGUCCAGCAUCUCAUUUGUAACUUUUAUUAUGAAUUUGUUCCAAAUACAUUUGUGGAGACUUAAGGUGGCUUACAAAGAAAUUUUUACUUAAGGCAACAUGCAGUGCUCUGAGCUAGUCAGUCUUUAAAAAAAUGAUUAAUGUGUCCUGAGAACUCACAUGCACACACCAUGUGUAUACAGAGAACUCGGCUGGCCUCAGCAUCCCAUCUCAGAAGUAGAUUUAUGUAGAGAAUACAUUAGAUGCCAAUUUUCACAACCUUAUUGGUGCUUCCUGUUACUUCCUUAAACCGUGCUUGCAUUAAGGGUUGUUAAGACCUCAUCCCUUGACCUCAGUUUACGUAGCACAGAAUAUGGCUGUUACCUCAUGAACAAGAAGUACCUGCAGUUUACUGAAGAACUACUAAAUUUUUAGGGGAAGAGUGAAAUUUUGCACCCUGGUUUAAAGACCACUAGUUACUGUAUGGCAGCACCUCGUCAUCAGGUACAAACAUCUAUGUAGCACUGAUCUUGUACUGAUUAAUCACUAAUGUGUUUGAUAGAACCCAGCAUAUGUAGCAUUUUUAUUGCAGUUUCCCUGGCUUACUUGUGUUUUGCACUGAUGAAAUUGGACAGGGUAAUUGCCACUUUACUUGUGCAAUACUGCUGUAAAUAACUGCAGAUCUUUUUUUAAGAUGCAAUCUUUUAUGUUCUUAAUAAUGAAUUUUAUAUGAAUAAAACUUUCAACUAUU